UAGUGCCCGGAUGUAACAGCCGAAGCGUCAGGUUCGCCCCCUCCCCUUUCGAACCUCUAUAAAGCGCAGCCAGCUUCUCCGGGUUGGGCGACACCAUUUGGGGGGAGUGCGGGAGGGGGGAAGGCUACACGUCGUGAACGCUGCGCUCCGCUGGCGGAGGCCGCAUCCUAUCCACCCCGCGGAAGGAAACCGGCAAGCUGGUCGGCUGGCUGUUUGGAUUUGCUUUUCAGGUCUUUGUUGUUCCGGCGUUCAGGCAUCCCUACGGCCUCGGGUUCCCCGGGUUAUUGGCGUCAGCGACCCUCCCGGUGUCGUCGCUGCACCGCGAGGGACACCCCCCACCCCGGCGAGCUGAGUAACAAUGAGCAAUUCAAGGAACAACCGAGUGAUGGUGGAGGGCGUCGGUGCCCGCGUCGUGCGGGGCCCCGACUGGAAAUGGGGCAAGCAGGAUGGCGGCGAGGGCCACGUGGGCACCGUGCGCAGUUUCGAAAGCCCCGAGGAGGUGGUGGUGGUCUGGGACAACGGCACGGCCGCCAAUUACCGCUGCUCGGGAGCCUACGACCUGCGCAUCCUCGACAGCGCGCCCACAGGUAUUAAACAUGAUGGGACUAUGUGCGAUACUUGUCGCCAGCAACCAAUAAUUGGUAUUCGAUGGAAAUGUGCGGAAUGUACAAAUUAUGAUUUAUGCACAGUAUGUUAUCAUGGGGAUAAACAUCAUCUAAGACACCGCUUUUACAGAAUAACCACACCUGGAAGUGAAAGGGUAUUACUGGAAUCUCGCCGUAAAUCCAAGAAAAUUACUGCAAGAGGAAUCUUUACAGGUGCCAGAGUGGUACGAGGAGUUGAUUGGCAAUGGGAAGAUCAGGAUGGUGGCAAUGGACGCAGGGGCAAAGUAACUGAAAUCCAAGAUUGGAGUGCAUCAAGUCCACAUAGUGCAGCAUAUGUUUUAUGGGACAAUGGAGCUAAAAACCUUUACAGAGUUGGCUUUGAGGGCAUGUCAGACCUUAAAUGUGUCCAGGAUUCAAAAGGAGGAUCCUUCUAUCGAGAUCACUGUCCUGUGCUUGGAGAACAGAAUGGCAACAGAAAUCCUGGUGGUUUACAGAUUGGUGAUCUAGUAAACAUUGAUCUUGACUUAGAAAUUGUUCAGUCAUUGCAACAUGGUCAUGGAGGAUGGACUGAUGGAAUGUUUGAAACCUUAACAACUACUGGCACAGUUUGUGGAAUAGAUGAAGAUCAUGACAUUGUUGUACAAUAUCCAAGUGGGAAUAGAUGGACCUUUAACCCUGCUGUUCUUACUAAAGCCAAUGUUGUCCGAAGUGGAGAUGGUGUGCAAGGUGCUGAAGGUGGUGCUUCACAAUUUCAAGUGGGUGAUCUUGUCCAAGUUUGUUAUGACUUAGAAAGAAUUAAGUUGCUUCAAAGGGGACAUGGUGAAUGGGCUGAAGCAAUGCUUCCUACCCUAGGUAAAGUUGGAAGGGUCCAGCAGAUCUACUCGGAUAGUGACUUAAAAGUAGAGGUUUGUGGAACGUCUUGGACAUACAAUCCAGCUGCUGUGUCAAAGGUAGCCUCCGCAGGAUCAGCUAUAAGCAAUGCAUCUGGUGAGAGAUUGUCCCAGUUGCUGAAAAAAUUAUUUGAAACUCAAGAAUCUGGGGAUCUUAAUGAGGAGCUGGUUAAAGCAGCUGCUAAUGGGGAUGUAGCAAAAGUGGAAGAUUUGCUUAAAAGACCUGAUGUGGAUGUGAAUGGACAAUGCGCUGGACACACUGCUAUGCAGGCUGCAAGUCAAAAUGGACAUGUCGACAUUUUGAAAUUGCUUCUGAAACAGAAUGUGGAUGUAGAAGCAGAGGACAAAGAUGGAGACAGGGCUGUUCAUCAUGCAGCCUUUGGUGAUGAAGGAGCUGUGAUAGAAGUUUUACAUAGAGGCAGUGCAGAUCUCAAUGCUCGCAAUAAGCGUAGACAGACACCACUUCAUAUUGCUGUGAAUAAAGGUCAUCUCCAAGUUGUGAAGACGUUACUGGACUUUGGUUGCCAUCCUAGUCUCCAGGAUUCUGAGGGUGAUACUCCUCUGCAUGACGCAAUAAGCAAAAAGCGUGAUGACAUUUUAGCAGUCCUUCUGGAAGCUGGAGCAGAUGUCACUAUUACAAAUAACAAUGGAUUUAAUGCUCUUCAUCAUGCUGCAUUACGGGGAAAUCCAAGUGCAAUGCGAGUGUUACUGUCUAAGCUUCCAAGACCAUGGAUUGUAGAUGAAAAAAAAGAUGAUGGAUACACUGCUUUGCAUUUGGCAGCACUUAAUAAUCAUGUAGAAGUAGCAGAACUUUUGGUUCAUCAGGGCACAGCUAACUUGGAUAUUCAGAAUGUAAAUCAACAAACUGCACUGCACCUUGCUGUUGAAAGACAGCACACUCAAAUAGUGCGGCUUCUAGUUCGUGCGGGCGCUAAAUUGGAUAUUCAGGAUAAAGAUGGGGAUACUCCCCUGCAUGAGGCCCUGCGACAUCAUACUUUGUCGCAGCUUCGCCAGCUCCAAGACAUGCAAGAUGUGGGCAAGGUAGAUACAGCUUGGGAGCCCUCCAAGAAUACAUUGAUAAUGGGAUUGGGGACUCAGGGAGCAGAGAAGAAAAGUGCAGCAUCUAUUGCUUGUUUCCUGGCAGCCAAUGGAGCUGACCUUGGUAUUCGUAACAAGAAGGGCCAGUCACCGCUUGACUUAUGUCCUGAUCCUAGCCUCUGUAAAGCAUUGGCUAAAUGCCACAAAGAAAAAAUCAGUGGGCAGGUUGGUUCCCGGAGUCCUUCUAUGAUCAGCAAUGAUUCCGAAACCUUAGAAGAAUGUAUGGUAUGUUCUGACAUGAAGAGAGAUACUCUAUUUGGGCCAUGUGGGCACAUUGCUACUUGUUCCUUGUGUUCACCAAGAGUCAAGAAAUGCCUCAUUUGCAAAGACCAUGUUCAAUCAAGAACAAAGAUUGAAGAAUGUGUUGUAUGCUCAGAUAAAAAAGCUGCAGUACUCUUUCAGCCUUGUGGACACAUGUGUGCUUGUGAAAAUUGUGCCAGCCUUAUGAAAAAAUGUGUGCAAUGUCGGGCAGUGGUAGAACGAAGAGUUCCUUUUAUUAUGUGCUGUGGUGGGAAAGGUACCGAAGAAACCAUAGAUGACAUUACAAGUGGAAACAUUCCUGUUAUGCAGAAGGAUAAGGAUAAUACUAAUGUCAAUGCUGACGUGCAGAAAUUACAGCAGCAGUUGCAAGACAUAAAGGAACAGGGGAGUGAGGAAGUUCUACUGCGAUGCUACUGCUUGGACCAUGUGCCCUGUAUGCUUGGACCGCCUGAAGAAUAUGAUCUUUCUCUGCGGUCAUGGAACCUGUCAGCUUUGUGGGGAUCGAAUGAGUGAAUGUCCUAUCUGUCGAAAGGCUAUUGAACGAAGAAUUCUUUUGUAUUAAAAUGUCAAGUGUCUUAUGCUUGUGACAUUAUGACUACAUUUUGCUUUUUGGAUCCCCAUAAAUUAGUAUGAAAGGUAGUUGUAAAGAUAUGUCUAGCAUUACAGGAAGAGUUACAUUGUAAAUGCUGAUGUCUACAACACAGAUUAUUAUUUGCACAAUCAACUUCUACCAUGAAGAAAUUUAAAGUAAGAUUGGAUUACUUAUCAACACAGUUUGUUUAUAUCUUCUUCUCCAGAACCCCUUUAUGUUAAAGGGAUAAUCCUGAUUUUCUAGCUUGGCAUUUUUGUUUUACACGUAGACUCUUAAUUUCAAUGAUAUUAAUUUUUAUAAUGUCAGUUGCUUUUGUGUACAAAUAUUUUUAAUUUUCUAAUUUUCAUAGUAAUAAUGUCGGUCAAAC